AUGUCUGCCCCGGAAGGCGUUGAUAUCCUCAAUGGCCUCAACUACACCGUGCUAGUCCCGUACAAUGGGUCCAGCGCGACUGGAGGAGACUCCUUGACCGAGGAUCUCAAUAUAUUUUACAAUCCCGGUGAUAUCGCAUGGAUGAUCACUGCCACCGCCCUCGUGCUACUCAUGAUUCCAGGUGUCGGCUUCUUCUAUUCCGGUCUAGCCCGGAGAAAGUCCGCUUUGUCACUCAUAUGGCUCUCGGUCAUGGCUACGGCCGUCGUCUCCUUGCAAUGGUUCUUCUGGGGAUAUUCACUAGCCUUCUCCCACACGGCCGGCAAGUACAUUGGUAACUUGGAUAACAUCGGGUUCAAAGAUGUCCUCGGUGCCCCUUCUGUCGGAUCCUCCAAGAUUCCUGACCUCAUGUUCGCCGUCUAUCAGGGCAUGUUCGCCGCCAUCACUGUUGCCCUUGCCAUCGGAGCUGUUGCUGAGCGUGGCCGCAUGCUGCCUUGUGUGGUAUUCAUGUUCGUCUGGACAACCAUCAUUUACGACCCCGUUGCUUGCUGGACAUGGAAUUCGUCGGGCUGGGUCUUCCAGAUGGGAGGACUUGAUUUCGCUGGUGGAACUCCUGUGCAUAUUGUCUCAGGUUGCGCAGCCCUCGCAUACUCCGUCAUGUUGGGCAAGCGUCACGGCCAUGGAACCCAUGAGUUGAACUAUCGCCCGCACAACGUUACACACAUUGUCAUCGGAACCGUCUUCCUGUGGGUUGGUUGGUUUGGAUUCAAUGCUGGUUCAGCUCUUGCUGCCAAUAUGCGGGCAGUCAUGGCGGCGGUCGUUACCAACCUCGCAGCCUGUGUUGGAGGCAUCACAUGGUGUCUUCUUGAUUACCGACUCGAACGCAAGUGGUCUACCGUGGGAUUCUGCUCUGGUGUCAUUGCAGGCCUCGUCGCCAUCACGCCCGGCUCUGGUUUCGUCCCCGCAUGGGCCGCCGUCAUCUAUGGUGUUGUCGGUGCCGCAGGCGCCAAUUAUGCUACUAAGCUCAAGUAUGUCCUUGGUGUCGAUGAUGCGCUUGAUAUCUUCGCCGAGCACGCUGUUGGUGGAUUCAUUGGCAACAUCCUCACGGCUUUCUUCGCAGCCGACUACAUAGCACAUCUCGACGGCUUCAGCGAGAUCCCCGGCGGCUGGCUCAACCACAACUGGGUACAACUCGGCUACCAACUUGCUGAUUCCGUUUCUGGUGCGGUGUACUCGUUCUUUGGUACCUGCCUCAUUCUCUUCAUCAUGAACCUUAUCCCGGGCCUCUCCCUGCGCGCCACUGAAGAAGCUGAAUUGAUGGGUAUCGAUGAUGCCGAGAUUGGCGAGUUUGCGUACGACUAUGUUGAGUUAACCCGUGAGGUCUUGCACGACCCCAACGACGCGGAGAGCAAGUACUCCAAUACCGGUGCGCACACUCCAGCAGACGACACAAACUUAGCGGAGAAGCCCGAACGAGUGUCGCCUGUGGCACACGAUGUCGCGGUAUGA